AGUUACUGAAAGAAAUUUUCUAAGAGAUAAACUAAUAGAAAUUUUAAUUGAUUGUUUAUAUUGAUAAUAUAUAUAUAUUAAAAUCAAACUUAAACAUGUACUCUGACGCCGAUUCAAAUGACUAUCUUGAAUCUGGAGAAGUGUAUGUUGGUGACAACUUUUUUGCGAAAUUUCUGGUUAUUGGAUUAUUUCUUGGUGCAAUGUUUGAAUUGUUUAUAGUAACUUCUACCUUCAUGCAUCCUGAAGACGACCAAAAUAGUGAGCACGGUGAAGAGAUAAAGCUUCCUGAAAGUUUGCCACUUCGCCGUUUGCACCGACUCCGUAAGCUAGAAAAGAAAAAGAGACGUUAGUUAAGACGGCUUAAGAUUAAUUUGAAAUAUUUAAAAUAUGAGAAACGUUCAGAUUCAUGUUAUUUAGAGAGUGAAUAAUUUAAAGCAGCCCAGGAUAACAUAUUUUAUUAAUUUACUGCAACAUGAAUUAAUAAUGGACAAAUUAGUUUAUCUCUGCUCUCUUAAUCAGUUCUUAUAUUUAGAACUUACAUUAUAAGUCUAGGCUGUUUUUAUUGGAAAGAUGUGAAAGCUAUUUUGGCUUUUUAUUUUAUUUUAAUAAGUUAAUUAUAAA